AGGCUAUGCGAAGCAUUAAUAACAGUGGCUCAUGCAGGUGGUCUGGUAAGAUACAAAUCAAACUUGGUAAAUCUCUCCACAAGAAAAUACAUUACAGACGUGGAUUUUUUGGAGGAAUAACUGGACAUGGAGAUUUGGGGAUUUCUGUUUCCAUGAAAAAUGUAGCCCACAACUCAUGUUUUUACAGAAAAGCUCUGCGUGUGCAUUUUGAUGUCAAAUUCUUGGAAAAUGACAGAAUGGCCUUCGCGGAUUUGAAAUUUGCAAUGAUCUUCCUGUUCCAGAUAGUCGUUGGAGUUUGGGGAAAUUUCUCGCUCUUAUAUCAUUCUGUGACCCUUGCCUUCAGUGGAUGCAAACCAAGGUCAACCGAUUUAAUUCUCAGGCACCUGACUGUAGCCAACUCCUUGGUCCUUCUCUCCAGAGGAAUCCCAAGGACAAUGGCAGCUUUUGGGUUAAGACAUUUCCUCAAUUAUUUUGGAUGCAAACUUGUUUUAUACAUUCACAGAGUGGCCAGGGGUGUGACCAUUGGCACCAUCUGUCUCCUGAGUGUCUUCCAGGCCAUCACCAUCAGCCCCAGAAACUCCAGGUGGGCGGAGCUUAAAGCCAAAGCCCUGAAGUACAUCGGGUCCUUCAAUACCCUCUGCUGGGUCCUCCACAUGCUGGUAAAUUUUAUUUUUCCAGUGUUUGCGACUGGCAGAUGGAGUAACAAAACCAUCACAAUGAUGUUCUGUCCUAUUCCACUUCACGACAAAGUCUCAGACUCCACGUAUACAGCAUUGAUAGCCUUUCAUGACGUUUUAUGUUUGGGGCUCAUGUCCUGGGCCAGCGGCUCAAUGGUGUUCAUCCUGAACAGGCACAGGCAGCGGGUCCAACACAUUCAUAGGACCAAGGCCUCCCCAAGAUCCUCCCCCGAGACCAGAGCCAUCCACACCAUCCUUGUUCUGAAACAGGACUUGCUGUCUCUAAGCCAGACCUGGUCAUCUUUUUGGAGCAAAAGCAGGAGCCCUGGAAUGGGAAGAGAAAGGAGACAGUAGCCACACACCCAGGUAGCUGGGCAUGAAUGAAGUGAAUGAUGGAGGUGAGGUCCAAGGUCAGGGAGAAAGCCCCACCUUAAAAUGUGGUUUGAGCAGCUUUGCCUCAGUAACAUGAUUUUUGAGAACAGUAAGUUCAUGUCUCUUGCUGUCACAGAGGGACAUCUGCCCAACACUUAUUGUGCUUGCAUAUAUAGUUUUUUAAGGAUUCUCCUUCAGCUUUAGAGUCUUUCAUCACAUGCACAGUGAGGACCAGCGUCUCCCUGUGGGCCAUGAGAGAUUACAUGAUCUGGCUGCUCUUUGUUGCUCCUGGGUGUCUGGGCGAAGUCUGCAUAUUUCUGAGGAACACUCUGCUAAGCCUCGUCUUAUGUCCUUUUUCUCUUUCAUGUUGGAAGCGUGUGAAGCGAUAUCGAGAUAAUACAUUUAUGUUGUAUUCAGAAUUUUGAUGGUUAGAUUUUCUUAUUCUUGUUUUGCAAUUCCCUAACAACGUGUUUCCUUGUUUUGUGGAAGGAUCCCUAGCCUUAGAGAAUUGCGCUUUAGGUUUUUACAUAUAUAUUAAGAUUUUGGAUCACCAAUUUGGUAUCCUU